GUCGCCGACGCGUACAAGGGUCGGCUGGCGCGAGGUGCAGGCGCAGCGCAGCAUGCGGCAGCAUGCAUAGCGACGCGUCAAUGGCCGAUGUGGAGGAGAGGGCACGCACCGCCUCGUCGCUUCCCUGCGCCCGAGCGGAUCUGGCUAGUCCACGCCACCCACUCGCUCUCACUCCACAGUCCUCGUCCUCGUCUCUUCCACACUCUCUAUCUCUCUCCACCCUCUGCGAUUCACACUCUCGCCCAAUGUCCAACUACGGCGCCCCAGGCUCGUACCAGCACCCCGGGUUCGGCAACCACCCCGCCCCGACCGGCGAGGCUGCGAGCUACUACAACCCCCAGACGGAGCAGCACCAGCAGCACCAGCCGCAGCAGCAGCAGUAUGGCGGCGAGUAUGGACAGUACCCGCAGGGCCAGCAGUACCCGCAACAGGGCCAGCAGAGCCAGCAGCACUACGCUCCCCCCGCGCAGCACACCCCCCAGCAUGCGCCCCAGGACGCCGCUAGGAUGGGUCUCGGCGGCCUCGGAGUUGGCGCCAUCGCCGGCGCCGCUAUGGGCGCUCUCUCGGGCCACGGUAGCGGCCACUGCACUGGCCACGGGUCGAGCCACGGAUCUGGCCACGCCUCGGGCGGCGCGCUUGGCGGCCUCGGCGGUCUCGCGAGCUCGGUGAUGGGCGGCGGGCAUGCGCAGAAGAAGGACGACAAGCAUGACAAGCACGACAAGCACGACAAGAAGUCGGAGGACAAGCACAAGAAGAAGGAGGACAAGGACAAGAAGAAAAAGGAGAAGAAGAAGAAGCACGGCUCCUCGGGCUCGGGCUCGGACUCGGACUCGAGCGGCAAGAAGAAGCACUCGAAGAGCAAGAAACACUCGUCGGGCUCGGGCUCGGACUCGGACUAGUUCAGGCGUGCGUGCCAGCUGGGGUGGUAGGGUAUGAAUGUUAAGCCAACGCACGGUUCACUGUAGAUAAUAGAUUCAGCGCGGCCAUGCACGUUUGUCGCCAGCAUCGAUGUCAAGCUCGGAGGUAUGAUAGUCGCUGUCGAUACGUGACCGGCGGCCAUGUCCACGGUGCCGGCGGCGCGGUCGUACGGUAACGGGCAUACCCGACGCGCACAUGCAC